CACACAAGCUAUUUGCAGGAGGAAUACCAAGGCGCAAACCUAGCUACGAAUACCUGUGAAACAACGGAGCGUCAUCAACCGCAUUAAUCGGCGAAGAAGAAAAGUACGGAGACGUACUACAAAUAAGAAGAAAACAAGCAAACAAUCACGAUGGGAUCUCGCUGCCCUCUAACCUGGGGGUUGUUCCUCGGAACUGCCGCUCUUAUGAUCCGCCACAAACGAAAGCAAGCAAAAAUUUCCGCGACACCCGCCACACCCCUUCCCCCCUGUGAGGUCGUCUUUGUCCUAGGUGCCCCGGGAACCGGAAAGGGAACCCAGUGCGAGCGACUGGAAAAUCGUCUCGUGGACGKUGAACUCAAUCGCACCUGGAAACACCUGUCGGCGGGAGAUUUGUUGCGGGCGGAACGAGACGCUGGAACGGGGCCCAUGGCGGACCUGAUCCGGUCCAAGAUCCAGGCCGGAGAAAUCGUUCCCAGCUCGAUCACGGUCAAGUUGCUCGAAAACGCCAUGGCCGCUGCCCACCAAGAAUCCAAGGGUUCGAUCACGCAUUUUUUGAUCGACGGGUUCCCGAGGAGCCACGAGAACAUGUCGGCCUGGGAGGACGCCAUGGGCGCGGUCCACACCAUCAAGUUUGUUCUGAAUUUUGAGUGCCCAGAAGAAGUCUUGUACGUUUCUGGUGCAUCCUUGGCGUGGCGGAAUGAAUGAAUUUGUUCGGAUCGGAUUGGAUCGUUUUUUUUUGGGUUCAUUCCUCGUCCCAGGAUGCUGCAGCGAUCUGGCUUUGCGCCUGGGCAGUGGAGGGAUGGUACCACAGGUCGGCGACGAUGCGGACGGUUACGAUUGGCUCAUUUCAUCGAGGUUUACCCGUGUGUUUGUUUACGCAGAUUCUCUCACACUGAUUUUGCACGUUUUGUUUUGUUUUGUUUCUGGAAACGAUCCGAUCAUUGAAAACCAAUCCAAUGCACCCCGAUCGCACGCACAAUCAACGCGAAAUCUCUCCCGACGCCAUGAAAAUGAAAUGCGCUUGGCUUUGCACCCAAAUGAAUGGYAUGGCGCAGGGUUGGACGGCUGUUGGAACGCGCAAAGGAAUCGGGACGUUCCGACGACAAAAUCGAGGUGAUCCGAAAACGAUUCAAGACGCACGUCGAAUCCACGGUGCCGAUUCUGGACUACUUUGGAACGCAGGGAACACCCCUGCACAACAUCGACUCGGCCAAGAGCAUCGAACAGGUUUACGAAACAGUGGAGAAGUUGUUCGCGUAACGUGACCAGGUCUUGGCAGUUGUAAAAAUCUGCGUAGUGAUAUGGCAAAAUCGACGUUUUGUGAAAGACGAUUUUGAAAUUAUAAUAGUGUGUCAGAUUGAAUCCAAUGGUUUGAAUAGUCUAUCGUUAAGAAGU